GAUGCCUUGUGUAUUGGAACUUUAAACCUUGUCUCAAAAAAUAAAUAAAAUUAACCGGUCGUAAUCCUCAAGCUAAAUUAGGAAAGUAAAAGUGAAUUUCUCCGCUGCUUUUUUAAAAUGAGUCAAUUAAUCAAAUUCCAACAAGCUUUUUUACUUCGCUAAAAGUCCCAAUUAAGUCGCUUUUUUUCUCGUUGCCUUUCGAGGCUGCUUUUCAUGCACACGGUUGGUAAAAUAUAAAACAUGCGAUAGUGCGAACUGUAGGUCGAGUCAAAGGCCUCGGGAAAGAUAAAUGCAUGCACUAUUUGCUCGCCCACAACAGAGGAAAUGGUAAUUAUUCCCUUUAUAUUAUCACACUUCACACUGUCUGUGUGUACACUCGUGAGCCGACCUUAAACAGAAGAAUUAGAGGGAUUUUGAUGCUUAUUAAAUUUAUCUGGAAACAGAGGCCGGUGUGCUCCGGUCACAUGUUUGUUUUCCAAUCGAAGACCCGCUGCACACAACAGAGGCCGUGCGCGACCGAGAUAUAGUUGUACACAGCAAAGGAAAGUGAAACCUCUUUGAUGUUAUUGACCAUUUGCUAAUGUUGUCACUGCCAGUGCAGCUGAAUUGAAAUGUCCUUCUUUUCCAAUAUCCUCUAUUCCCAACGGAAACGGUGUUUUAGCAGUGAUUAUGAUGAGCAACUACCCCUUUUAUCAAAAAUGGCAGACCCAAAGGCGAGAGAAGCGGACGAGGCCCAAGAGGAAAACGACGUGGUCGCCGACGUGAUCGGCGAGUAUGGCUCGUGGCAACUGCGACUGACCUUUCUGCUGGCCUUAUUCAACAUCCCCAGCACCUGGCACAUCAUGGCCUACACCUUCCAAAGUCUCGACAGGCCCUUCUGGUGCGCCAGACCGACGCCCAUCAGAGACUUUGUCAGUCCCAGCAUGUGGAGGAACAUCAGCCAGCCAGGAAAUAGUUCGUGCCAAAUCUGGAGCAGCAUCAAUGAAACUUUCAGGCCGUCAGAUUCGCCCGUCCUGAGUGGUGAAAUUUCCACCUGCACGCAGUUCGAGUAUGACGAGACCAACGGAACCACCCUUGUUGCAGAGUGGAACCUGGUGUGCGACCGCGCCGUGUUGGUGAAUGUCGCUGAAAUGACCUUCCUGAGCGGCGUCGCGAUCGGCGGCCUGGUGUCUGGAAUCAUUUCCGAUAAAUUCGGACGUAAAAGGACACUGCUGAUCUCCCUGUUCACCCAAAUCGUGACCGGCACCAUAAUUUCCUUCAACCUGUGGUUAGAGCUUUACCUCGUCCUCCGCUUCUUCCUUGGCUUUUCCUCGGUUGCCGUCGUUUUUAGUGCCUUCGUCUUAUGCAUGGAACUGGUCGGCGGCAAGUGGCGGACGAUUUCUGGCGUUUCGUUUCUCUUCCCGGUGCCCCUGGGCUACAUAACUGUCGCUGGCAUUGCUUAUGUGGUGCGCGAAUGGAGGAUCCUGCAAUUAGCGGUCACUUUGCCGGCUGUCAGCUUGCUCGCGGCCAUAUGGGUCCUGCCAGAAUCACCCCGCUGGCUCCUUUCGAUGCGCAAGGAGGAAAAAUUGAUGGCAGUUUUGAAACGUGCCGCCGCUUCCAACAAACGUCCCAUCCCAACCGACUCGCAGAAAAUUCUCGCAAAGGCACCACCUCAAGAAAAGGGCGGUGACAGCGUCGGAGUUUUGACACUUUUCAGAACUGCCCAAAUCCGAAAGAUCUCCCUGGUGCUCUACAUAGUCUGGUUUGCUCUCUACACCGUUUACUACGGACUCGUUCUCAACCUUGCCAGCAUUGAAGGCGACAUUUACUUAAACACAGCAAUCUCAGGUUUCGUGGAAAUCCCUGCAAUUGCACUCAGUAUUUUGCUUUUGAUGAAGUCCGGACGCAAGUGGCCCCUGUGCAUUGUAACCGCCUCAAGUGGCGUUUUCUGCCUCUGCGUUCUCGCUGUGCCGACCGGCGCUCCCUCGUGGAUCACGGUGGCUCUGGCCAUGUGCGGCAAAUUUGCCAUUUCCUGUUCCAACGCAAUCCUUCCCAUCUUCACCGCCGAGCUCUUCCCCACCGUGGUGCGCAAUUUGGGCGUCGGGUCAUCUAACGUGUCGGCCGGAAUCGCACUCAUGCUUGUGCCCUACUUGUGGAAUUUGGCUGUGAUUUACGACAAGCUUCCGUUCAUCUUCAUGGGAGUUCUGGGCAUUGUUGGCGGCUUAAGUGUCAUGUUGUUGCCUGAAACCGCUGGCAGACCCAUGCCAAAUACUCUGGAAGACCUUGAAAGGCGAGGCAACGAUAUCAAAAAUAAAGCUCAAGCUACUGCAACAAUGCGCUCAUCGUCAACGACUCGGUCAGUGGUGACCAGACCUGCGUCUUAUAGGAAGAAAAGGGACAGCGAAUUCUAAUGCUUCCAAAAAUUGAAUAAUUUUAUUACAGUUAGGAAAAGGGUUGCCAAGUUACUAAGUUACUGUUGAUUUUAAAAUUUACUAAUAAUGUUUUUGAGAAAAAUUUAAUUUUUAAAUAUUAACCUGGUAACUCUUGACAGGGUCUCUUUAAGCAGAAAUGUGAUUUUCAAAGUAUAACAAAAGCACAAAUUACCAAUAGACAAUUAAUUUAAGAUGACAAAGUGACAAAUGAAUGUGAGAGCAAGAGUCUUUUUUAGAAAUAGCAGUGUGUCUUCAGUCUUUACAAUUAUAAAAAAAGGAAUUUGCACUUUCUUGAUAAUUUUGAACCACAAAUUGAAUAAAUUAUAGAGGGAUUUUUCGAAAGAUGCCAGAAAACUGAGGAAACUCAUAUACUGACUCUGACAAUGAGAAAAUGAGGAGUCGAAUAAUAAUGUAUUGCCCUUGCAAAAACUGCAGAUGUUCGCAUGACAUUUUUUUACUAAUUUUUAAUGUGAGAUGAGGAUGAGACAUCAUUGAUUUACAAGGGGACAACACUUUCAUUAAAUAAAAAUUUCUAUAAUUGUAAGAUUUAUGAGAAAUCGACUCAUUCCAGCGUAGAUUUUCAAAUAGUUUCACCCAAUCUAAAUUUUCAUAAAAAAAAAAUGAAAUCCUUCUGGACACGCUCGUCUAAUAAUUGCUGUUAAAACCCCUGACUUCAGGCAAUUUUUUGACAGCCAUGCUUUGCAAGUUGCAUGUUUACCAAUUUCUGAUCGACUAUAGCCAAAUUUCGUACCCUUCUGGUUAUUUGUACUGAAAUAUUUAUUUUGUUUGUCCGAUAAAUCCCUUUUUAGUUGAAAUGUUUGCUAUGUUAUUGAGAUGGCUUGCGUAAGUGUUGCAAACGAUUUCGAAAUUAUCCAUAUCUAUUUCCUAAGCCAGUCAAGUUCCUAUUGUAAAAAUUGUUUUCCAUCUUUUGUUGGCAUAUUUAGUGUGCUUUAUGAUUUUAAAUUUAUUAAUUCUUAAAUUUUCCAUCUUUAGAAUAUAUCUUACUUAACUGUGUGAACUCCUUUUUGUGGAAAGUUAUGAAAGUGAGUGUAGCAAUUUUUUACCUUUCAACAGCAUAUAAUUAACUUGUGUUUUUUACAACAAUAAUGUAAUGAAACGCAGGACGCAUGUAGCACUUUAAAUGUGACAAGUACACAUUUUAUUAUUUAUUUCGAUUUAUAUUUUAAAUACAUGGACGAAAAGAACGUUUUGAUGA